GGGGCUCUCCUCCAUGUCUGCUUCCUCCAGCCCGUAGCCAAAACUUUUGGGAAAGGAGCCGACAACAUCGUAACUUCCAGCCAACGCUGGCUCCUCAAACUGUAUCGACAUCCUGCUCCUCGCCGAAUGACCCGAACCGCUCCAAAUCCCCCCCUAAGUGACCAGAGACUGAGCUGUUAUUCAACAAAAUAAUCCGUAGAGGAAUGUAGUCGAUGCUGUUCUAAACCAGCUAGCAUGGCAAGCUAAUUUGCCAGACAGGGUCCCGCCUCUUUUAUCUGAUUGGCUGGUGUAAACCAGACACUGUCAUGUGAUAGUCAGAUGCCGGAAGACUUUGUACGGUUCCAGGAUGGCAAUGGUUCUCCCGUUGUUCCUGUUGAGCCAAGUGGUGCUGGCUGCAAGCAUGCCAGUCAAUUGGGUCAUUGAGGCCAAUGGGACAGUACCACUUGUUCUGUGGCAUGGGAUGGGUGAUAGCUGUUGCAACCCGCUCAGCUUGGGUGGCAUAAAGAAGCUGAUCGAGCGGGAGAUUCCGGGAAUUUACGUGAUUUCACUGAUGAUUGGGAAAAAUGUUGUCGAGGAUACAGAAAAUGGCUUUUUCAUGGAUGUGAAUGAGCAAGUGGCCAUGGUGUGCAGUCAGCUUGCUAAGAACCCCCAGUUGGAGGGAGGAUACAAUGCAAUGGGAUUUUCCCAGGGGGCGCAAUUUCUGAGAGCUGUGGCACAGCGUUGUCCUUCUCCACCAAUGAAAAAUCUAAUCUCUGUCGGUGGGCAGCACCAAGGUGUGUACGGGCUUCCAAGGUGUCCCGGAGAGACCUCAUUCCUUUGUGACAUGAUCCGAAAGGCCCUUAACUCGGAAGCAUACAGCGACCUGAUUCAAAAACACCUGGUGCAGGCACAGUACUGGCAUGACCCGUUAAAUGAUGACCUGUAUAAGAAGCACAGUCUCUUCCUGGCUGAUAUCAAUCAGGAAAGGGUGGUAAAUGAGACUUACAAGAAGAAUCUUCAGAUGCUGAACAAGUUCGUCAUGGUCAAGUUCCUGCAGGACUCUGUGGUCGAUCCUGUGGAUUCUGAGUGGUUUGGCUUCCUAAAAACCGGGCAGGCCAAAGAGACUGAAACCCUACAGGAGAGCGUUCUCUACAAAGAGGAUCGUCUGGGUCUGGCCGCAAUGGACAAGGCAGGAAAGCUGGUUUUCCUAGCAACUGAAGGAGACCACCUCCAGUUUACAAAAGAAUGGUUCGAUGCAAAUCUGCUGCCUUACCUACGCUAGAAAACGCUGCUGGCGAGAUCCUGCAGGCAAAUAAUUCCCUCCUGUUGCACUAAUCAUAUGUAGCAUGCUAAUGGGGUAAGGUUAAGUGUAAUGUCUUCUGCUGCUGUUAUUUCUCACAUGUAAUUGUCCUGUGCUAACUGUUUUCAUUGUUUGUUUGUUUUUUAAAUAAAACAUGCUUUUAACGUUG